GUGUUGCACUCUGCUCUGCAGGAUCAGUAAUGAGAAAUUUAGUUCCACUGUUGGAAACAUAAUGUUAGAAAAACUCUAACAAAAUUCUGAAACUACAAUUCAAACUGAUGAGAUUUCUUUGUGAUCUUUUAUUUCUGUGCUCUGGACAAACAACCAAGAAAAGCAUGUGAAUGUGAUACCUAACAGCAAGGUUAAUGAAAAACUUAUAUGGAAGGUUGGUCUUUGGCUGAGGCAUUAUUCAAAAAGAUAAAAUACAAGAAUAUUACUGUGUCAGUUUUGUUGCUCACCGUGUGGCACCCACAUUACUCAAGAUAGAAAUGGAGAACUCAACUGAGGUUUUGUCUUUUGUGCUGGCAGCCUAUGGUAAUAUUGGAGAAUUAAAAUACCUGUAUUUCAGCACAAUGCUGUUAUGGUACCUCUCCAUAUGUGUCAAUAACGCAGCUGUUAUCAUGGUCAUAUUUUUGGACAAAAGGUUACAUGAGCCGAUGUAUAUUUUACUGUGUAAUUUGCUUGCAAAUGAAAUUUUUGCCACCACCUUAGUGUAUCCUCUUAUGAUGUCACAGAUGUUUUCAGACACCCAUGAAGUGACCCUGCCGUGGUGUUUUCUGCAGAUGUGUUGUCUUUCCACAUGUGCUUCUAUUGAGUUUUGUAGUUUAGCAGCCAUGGCCUAUGACAGAUAUGUCGCUAUCUGUUGUCCUUUACACUACAAUGUCAUAAUGAACACAAGACGAGUAGGUACCAUCACUGUUCUUGUUUGGAUGUAUCCCUUUAUUAACACUAUGUUCUCUUUUUCUCUGAUCGUUCAUUUGAAAUUUUGUGGCAAUGUCAUUGACAAAUUGUUUUGUGACCACCACUUAAUAAUAACAAUUAAACUUGCAUGUUCAGUUUCAGCACUUAACAAACUAUCUGACCUGCUUUAUGCCUUUGUGACUAUUGUUAUCCCAUUUAGUCUCAUUUUAGUCUCUUACAUGAAGAUUUUGGCUGUUUGUCUGAACACCUCUGAAGAAAGUAGGCAAAAAGCUGUCACCACCUGCACACCUCAGAUUGUCUCAGUUUCAGGCUUGUUCAUUGGACUGAUUUUUUACUCUACUGAUUUCAGUUCAGAUGCAGCCCUUAUGUCAGAUAGAGAGCGAAAUUUCCUUACACUGUGUCUCCUCAUUUAUCAACCCAUGCUCACCCCCAUUAUGUAUGGAUUAAAGCUACUAAAGAUAAAACAAUCUUUGAAAAGGUUUUUGUUUGAUAGAAAAUAAAUAUUCUUCUUCAUGUUGCAAGAGUCUGUUUGGAUUGUUAUCUCUGCUAUGUUUAAAAAAAUCCAACAUCAUAUGUGUGGUAGAGUGUGACAGUCAUUACAGUUUAUCUCCAUUGUAUUCAUGCAUUUCUGCCAAUUGUGCUAAAAGAUUACCAAGGGUGUAGGAUUGAUAUCAACAUUGGUACAACCCACAUCUUUACUGCACUACUCUCGGAGGGAAAAAAAGUCUUUGUUUUAUUAUGGGCGAAAAACAAUCGUGUUUCAGUACUGAGCCUUCAUCAGCGUAAUAAUACAGAGCACACAUGUCACUAAAUAGAUGAGGAACCCAUAGGUGUGGCAUUAACAUUGGUAGGGACCAAAGAAGCCACUCCUUACCCCCAACAAAUCCAUGCAAUAGCCUCAGAGAGGUUUAAUAAUAACAUAAGGGUGCUGUUUUCUACAGCAGAAAGGACAGCCAACCUCAACAAGCUCCAACUCUGUGACACUAUUCAUUUGUCAUGAAGUGAAAUGAAGCCUAUAAAGUCUAUCAUGUCCUGCAAUAUUUGUGGGUAUUAUGGUGCUUGGUGUGGUUUUUGUGUUUCUGUGUUGUGCUUACAGAGGUGCAUGGAGAGGCUGGGCGGAGCUUUCAAUAACCGACACCGCCGUCAUACAGGCACCUGCAGCAGGCUGGCAAUCAGCAGCUGCUGAUGAGACCAUGCUCUAUAUGCUACCAGCUGCCAGACGAUUAUACCCUUUCAAUGUGGCACAUAGCUCAAACUGUCACUCUCCUCAACCUCUAGUUGUUUUGUUACGUUGCUUGAAAAAACUAAUAUCGUGUUCCUUCUAGUGAUCACCUCCUCGCCGGCAUCCUGUGUUCUCUGUUCCGGCCAUCCAGCCCUCUGCACCUCUAUAGCCUGCUGACUCAUUCCGUUCUCUCCGGCGCACCAUACCACCAGCUACCGUGAGCUACAGCUCCUGCACCCCCGCCUCCACGCAAUCUGACAGGGACGCCUGGAGCGCUGAACUCCCUCACGAUCCAAUUCCUUGUGAUAUCAAUAAAUCAGUUCCGAAACUAUUUCCAGAUUCAGUGUCUGCACAUGGGUCCUCACUCUACCACGCUCCGUAACACUGUCUGCUUUAUUUUGACCUCAUUCCACACUGUAUGCUUGACCCUUGCUAUUUUGUGUGUGUGUACACAUACAUAAUGCUUGCUCGUUACAUCCUUGACUCUGCCUCAUAAAGCACCACUGACCAGCUAGCUGGUCACUUUUCGUCAGAGCGAAUGAUCAUCAGUAGGUUUCAUAUGAUCACUUAACCAAGAACAACAUGUCCUCAGCAAAGCAGCACAGGGCCGUCCUGGAGCACCAUCAGUUCAAAUCUGACUGGACUGAUCACUUUUGUUUUAUUUUUACCAGACUGCACCAAUGCUGAACCAACAAGAAUGCAGGCCGUAUCUGUCAGCAAAGUCUAAACACUAAAGUAGCGCUUCAACACUAUGCACACUUCCAGCUACCCUACAAAAUCAUAUCACCGCAAACCCAAAAUAACAAAUAUACCAAAGUCAAACAAGCAAGUCUGUCUAUUUUGGACUUUGGCAGACCUGAAGUGACCUCACCAUCAGAGGAUCAAUACAUCAAGCUUAUUAGAAAUAUUUAGUAGAAAUAUUAGCAUUUCACAGCCAAUGACCAGAACAAUUGUUCUAUUAACUGAUCAAUUGAAGUUAGAGAUUUCUGGCAGUAACAGAAGGUCAAAUGUAAGGAAACGAAUAGGAGAGAGAAUGAUACCACAGAGUUUCAAACCCACUGUGAAAAACUGUGGUGGGAAGAUUCAAGUCUGGGAGUCUUUUGCCUGCUCUGGAACUGGACACCUUCAAGUUGUUUUUGCAAAGAACUUGAAGAACAAAGAAGAUCAAGGAUUCCAGACUGUCAGCUGACAUUCCUCCACUGUCAGCUGACCUAGCGAUCAUUGUGUAGUCACAGGGACACUUGAAAGCUGAUGGUGCAUUCAGACCAAACGAGGAAAACAUAUUCACCUCGUGUUAUUAAUUUUCACUCGCACUUGUAUGUGCUUUUCCUCACGCGCUAACCUCCACAUGAGCCCUUAGGAUGAGUGGACAUUCUAGGGACACAUCCUUUGAUAGAUGUACAAACCUUUCUUACCAAAACCUUUCUACUAAUGAAGUGAUGCACAUUCACUUUACACAACCAUCACAUAGUCUUGAAAGCACAGGGACUGAGUGCAGAUUUCUACUGUUGGCAACCUUUGUUUUGUUUAAAAUGAUGUCGCAUCAAUUUUUCUCCUUAUUGGUUCAUUCAUUUUGUGGAAAUCAGAAGAGCUAUGCCUACAAAACUUUUGACUCUACAUUCAGUUUGAUGUCAUGUAAACAGGAUCAUGAUUCAGAUGGAUUCAUUAUACAAAGCUUACAGUUUUAUUUUAUAAUGAAAGUAAAUAGGAAAUGAAUGAAAAUCUA